CUCAAACUACAUUGAUGUCCAUAUUUCCUCUCGAUUUUAUAAGACACGUAUUUCAGAUGAUUUUCCACUUGUGUUUUGCAGUUUGGUUUGUAGAAAUUGGAACUCGGAAUAUUUGAUGAGAUGAAUAACUCCAAUUCAAGCAGUGGAAAAGGUGGUGACUCAGUGAAGCUGUUCAUUGACACAAGCAGAAUCAUUACUACAACCGAUUAUGCGGUAACGAUCAUAUGUGGACUGGUUGGAAAUGGUCUUGGCAUUUCCUUAGCGUUAAGAAGGAAGGCUGGAAAUCGCGCAACAAAUCUGUUAAUAACAAACAUGGCGGCUGCAGACCUACUUGUUACCCUGUUUGCUAUGCCUUAUUCGGUCCUUUUAAUCAAUGUGGGCCAGCAAUGGAUCGGAGGCGUCAUUGGCCAAGUAACAUGCAAGUUCGUCCAUUUUGCUUAUCAAAUUUCAAUUCCUGCAUCCAUUUUCACUGUUUUAUUGGUCUCGUUUGAUCGUUACUUUGCUAUUUGUUAUCCCAUGAAAGCAAACGUGUUUCGAAAUGGCAAGGUCAUGACAACAACUAUAUGGAUUUCUUCUGCAGCAUAUGCAGUUCCAUUUAUGAUGGCAAAUGACAUACUCGAAGAUAACGAUGCCAGCUAUUGCCUUCGCAUCUUUUCCCCACUUGACAAUCAGAAGUCGAGACAGACCUAUUAUUUGGUUACUUUCAUUUUACUUUACUUUGUGCCUCUGACAAUCCUUUUGGUCUUGUAUAGCCUCAUUACACAUAGACUCUGGCAGCGAAAAAUUCCUGGUAAUGUCAGCAAGGCCAGAAUUAGAUCAGCUCAGAGGGAAAAGAGAAGGAUUAUAAAAGCUUUGAUUCUGAUUGUCGUGGUUUUUGCAAUCUGCUGGUUUCCAGCUCAUGCUAUGCACUACUUGGUUUACUAUCGCACGGAUAUCUAUCGCAGUAUAUCAGUGGAAGUUGAAAUAUUCUUCUUUUGGCUCUGCCACGCUAACAGUAUUAUAAAUCCAUGUUUGUAUGUGUUGAUGUGCCCCAGCUACCGCAAAUUUAUACAGAGAAGUUUCGGGCGUUUUUGUUCUUGCUGUAGCCAUGCCAAUUUUAACUCUUUUAGGAGGCGAAGCACUGGGAUGCUCACCCUCAGUCGAUCGCUCGAUGCUACCAGCACUACAGUUGUUGGAUUUUCCUUCAAAAUUAAGGACGCAAUGGAUACUCGACUGUAAUAUUUGCUCACUUUCAUUCAAACAAACAAGCGAGAAAAGGUUCAAACUCAUUGGAAAAUUUUCUGAAAUGGGUAACCGUUCAACAAUCUCAUUUUUUUUUACCCGGGUUUCCGUAGGGAAGCCCGAGUCUAAAACUGCAAGCCGUUCUUGGUCGCCAGAAGGGGGGUCAUGGUGCCAGGCUUUCCUUGCUUAAACCGCGGAAACUGGGGAUGAGAGUGCAACAACUUGUGUUGUCAUGUGCUCGCUUUUCGUAAAUAACAUAAUUUACAGAAUGCUGUGUUUCGUGAAGACCGCGUUGCAAAGAUUCCUGUCUUGCACCCUCAUCUCACAUACAAACGCCAAAAAAAUUAGCUAUAUGUGAGUUCAAACUACGAAAAUUCUGGCAAAACUAGAACAGCCGAUGUAACAACAAACUAUGAUGCUGAGACGAACACCUCACUUGCUGAGAAAAUUAGAGUGUUCACGAGCACAACUUCAAAGGUAGCGCUAACAACAGCCAAUUAGAUAAGGAUACUGA